AAGGGAGAAAGCUCGCCCUGCUAGGACAAAACUUGUCGACCUUGACCGUACUUUUAAAAUCUGAAUAUACCUACGUUUUUGUAUCAUUUUGAAACCCUUUUCAAACACAAGAUCUAAUUUCGCUCCGCCCUAGUGCGCUUCGACCCACUUUCUUGCAUUCUCGUUCCACAUAGAUUCAUAACAUUAUCCACUGAAUUGCAAGAAAGUCAAGAUGAAAUCGCAGUCACAUUUCCCUUUUUUGCAAAAAACUAACUACGUCUUGUUUUAAUCGAUAUUUACCCACGAUAAGAAUUAUCGCGUCUUUUUACCUAUGUUGGCAAAAACGCUUCUCGCUGAAGACACGUUGAAACCGAAUCUGUGCGAUGUUGACGUGAGAAAUAAUUAAUCUUCUAUUUUCUGACCUCGUCGCAUUAACCUUGACCCGAUAAAGCACUCUUCUUACCGUAUUUAACUGAUAAGAUAAGACGGGCGCAAGGACCCAAAAAGUUGGGAACCCCCCCGCAAUAAUCGCGCGCUUCCAUCGCUCGAAAUGACAGAAAAGAUGAUGAAGAGAACUUCCGUUAAGACUCUGGAAUGUUGGAGAUGCGGCUGUUGAACCAUUCUUCAACAGUAUUUACAAAAGACCCAAGCAAGACGCUACGAGACCGUUCUUUUAACCUAAAAUCGCCGGUAAUCUCAGUUAAUGUCUUAAAAUACACAAACGAUAAUCGUGUGGGUUAUCGAGUGCUUGUCUCGACAGUUUUGAAACCCCAAGAUGUUCGAAAAGAUUUUUCAAUCGUUGGACGUCACCAGUCUACUCAUUAUCGCGAUCUUCUUCCUGUUCUUGGAGUACAGGCCUCCUUGGUGGUACCGCAAUAAUAAUGAUUGCAAUAAAGGUGUUAAACUCAUACCGGGACCUUUGGCUUUACCUGGGCUUGGUACUACCUGGAUAUUUUUUUUCGGAGGGUUCACUUUUAACCGACUACACGAAUAUUACGAGAACAUGUACAAGAGGUAUGGACCUGUCAUGAAAGAGGAGUGUUGGUGCAAUAUACCUGUUGUUAACUUAUUCGAGAAAAGAGAAAUUGUGAAGGUUCUUAAAGCGGGUAGCAAGUACCCUCUGAGACCACCUGUUGAAGCAGUGGCACACUACCGAAGAAGUCGACCUGAUAGGUACGCCAGCAUUGGAUUGGUAAACGAGCAAGGUGAAGCAUGGUAUGACCUUCGCAGCAAUCUCACCCCUGCCCUCACCAGCCCUAAAACCAUCACCAGCUUCCUCCCUGAGGUGCACCAAAUAGCCGACGACUGGUGCAACCUUCUCAAACUUACCCGUGACAAAACCGGAAAAGUAUCAAAUUUAAAUUACAUCGCAGACAGACUCGGUUUGGAACUAACCUGUGCUUUAGUCCUUGGAAGAAGAAUGGGUUUUCUACUUCCCGGAGCUGAAACCGAAGUCGGGGAAAAACUCGCUGAAGCUGUCCGCCAACACUUCUUAGGCACUCGUGACACUUACUUCGGCUUCCCCUUCUGGAAACUCUUACCAACUCCUGCCUACAAUAAACUAAUCAAAAGCGAAGAAGCCAUCUAUAAACUCGCCCUUGAAUUGAUCAAUUCUGCCAACGAAUCGACUAAAGAAAGUGUCGUUUUCCAGUCGGUGAUCCAAGCAGACAUCGAUGAAAGGGAAAAAAUCGCAGCUAUUAUCGAUUUCAUGUCUGCAGGAAUUCACACUUUAAAGAACAGUCUACUGUUUUUAUUACAUCUGGUCGGGCAAGACCCUCAAAUCCAGAAAAAGAUCAUCGAGGACUCGACUAAAUCCUACUCAAAAGCGUGCGUCACUGAAACUUUUCGACUGCUACCCACAGCUAAUGCUUUAGGGAGAAUUUUGGAGGAGGAAAUGGAACUUGGGGGUUACCGCUUGAAUGCAGGAACUGUUGUUGUCUGUCACUUUGGAAUCGCCUGUCGAGACGAACGCAAUUUCACAGACGCCCAAAAAUUUAAACCAGAAAGAUGGUUGGAUGAGGAUAAAGUGCAAACUGCGACCAAUUCGCAAUUUCUACUCACUCCUUUCGGAGCCGGGAGGCGGAUUUGUCCUGGCAAAAGAUUUAUAGAACAAAUUCUACCAAUGUUGCUUGAAUCCACCGUUAAUAUGUUUGAAAUUCAAACAGAAGAGGAGCUCGAGUUGCAAUUCGAGUUUUUGUUAGCGCCUAAGGGCGAAAUGCCCAUGAUUUUUAAAGACAGAGUCUGAAUUUUAUAUUAGGUUCAAGUACAAGAUGUUUUAGCUAUUGUGGCUGAUCAGUGGCGGUUUUUAAGUGGCUGUGUUACUGGCAACUUGUGUUCAUUUACUUUCGUUCAACAGUUUUAAUUUUUUUAAUAAAGUUGUUUUAUCAACAAAUAA